UUGAUGCUUCACUAGAAAUGUGGAAUUAGCCUUCAAUUUGUAUAAUUAUUUGGAUCUUAUUUAAGUUAUUCAAACCAGCAAUUAGCCCCCGUACUAUGUUAAAAUAUAUCGCAUUCCAUAAUAAUUAAGUUUUAGGUUCUUGUAAGUUGUUCUUCCGGUGUCAAAGGUCAUCUCGCUCAGAGGUCGCCAGAAUCCCAGGAAUUCGAUCCAAAGCGAUAUAAAAAGCCACCAAAACCAUGUCUCACACUAUCCUGUUGGUGCAGCCCACAAAGAGGCCAGAAGGACGGACAUAUGCUGAUUAUGAAUCAGUCAACGAGUGUAUGGAGGGAGUGUGUAAGAUGUAUGAGGAGCAUCUAAAGAGAAUGAACCCCAACAGUCCAUCCAUAACGUAUGACAUCAGCCAGCUUUUUGACUUCAUCGAUGACCUGGCUGACCUCAGCUGUUUGGUAUAUCGUGCCGACACCCAGACGUACCAGCCGUACAACAAGGACUGGAUCAAAGAGAAGAUCUACGUGCUGCUUCGCCGUCAGGCCCAGCAGGCAGGGAAGUGAAGCCUCAGGGAAGAUGGAGGAUGGUGAUGAGGAGGAGGAGGAAGAGGGGCUGUGUGGGAGGGGGCAGGUUUGAAAGUUGUGUGCAACUUUUUCAAAAUGUUUUUGUUGUUUUUUUGCAUCAGGAUUUGGAUUUUGUAUUUUAAUGUUUGAUUUAUAAAUAAAGAUUUUCAAGAUUUAAUACAAU